AUGUUGGACAAAAUGGUCGGGGAAUACUGGCGGAGGCCAAAGUACUAUGUUGAUGACCCUUAUGAGCCUUACCAUACAAGGGAAGAGUUUCCUAUCACCGCUAUGAAACCUAGGCCAUAUUUCCCCAAAGAAGAACAAUAG